CCAUGCGAGUGACAAAGCAAUAAUUAUGCUUCCAUGAUCAUCCUUUGCCAUCUGGUGCAUGUCAUCAUCGUCUGAUUCAUCUACCAGGGGAACGAUGAGCCUGGUUUUGGGUCAGCAUGUCGCAAUGAUGUAACGAGAGAACAGGACGGCAACACACUAGUAUAUGCUUUAUGCCCACACCCGGCAUUAUUCAGUCAGGAUCACCCGUAGCCGGAGGCCUCCUAAGUCCUAACCGCGAUGCCGUACCCCGGUCCUCCGUAGAUGGCGGAAGUGGAGCAAAGGACGGCGGGAUUUGAAGUCGUCGCGGAUGAACUGCCGCCGCUUCUGCCGGGCGGUCAGACAGCACGGGACCGCCUUCUCUUUACGACCACCCCGCCACGUGCCCGCCGAUCGAUACUGCAGGGGAAUUCCAUCAUUGUUUUCAUGCAAACGUCAGGCUUUGCUUUGCAGUCCGUCGCCUCGAGCUCUUCAGAGUCCCUUCGCCAGCUGGGCCCUCGUCUUCCCUGGAACUUCCAUCUGCGCUCAAGCCCUUACGCUCCUAUCCUCUUCUUCCACCCCCAACUCCCACCCUAGGUCCUGCGGAAUGGAGGCGCCCAACCCCACCACCAGCACGCCCUCUCGCCCACAGCGGCCAGUGCUGCAGCACACAUUGCGCAGUAACUCGUUCAUUCAAGAUCAUCAGCAGUACAAACCUUCGGUCCCAAUCAACCAGACCAUCGGCAAUGUCCUGGGCAAUGCGGUCGAACCCGGCCUGGGCUCGUUAUCCCUCAACGCUAACCCCAUCAGCCCGGAUCCCGAGAAGGUGACCGACAGUGGCAUCAUCCACAGCAUCUUCAAUCACCAAGGGAAUCUCCUGCCGACUGGAACUCCGCAGAUUGUCGCAACUAUCUACUACAAGUCCUCCGAUCCUGUCCACCCUCAUCUUCAUCCCGACUCGUCGCCUCGACCCGGGAAUAAACUGCCGUCCCCGAUGGUUCCCGUGGGUUCCGCGCCGACAAUCGAUAUGGAGAAGAUUCCGCGCGAGCCCCCAGCACCGGAGCCCGAGCCUCUCGACCAUCUCUACGGCCCGUUCGUGUCGCAACUAUGCCUGACGAACUUUCUUCAAAUCAUGGAGUCCCUCCCGAUUCCGUAUCAGCGCAUGAACACGUCCCAUCGCUGCCUUGAUCGCCAGGAUCAGCCCCGCGUUGUCGAGGUCACCAUCUCCCCUCCUCCGAACCCCGACUACCUCACAUUUACCGACCUCCGAAAGCAUGAGAGCAUAUGGCGAUUUGAGCGCGAGUGGAAUGUAGAAGUGGUGCUGCAGAAGGAGAGCGCCUUUCGCCGACACAAGCGACUGGUCGUGUUUGACAUGGACAGUACCUUGAUCCGGAAUGAAGUGAUUGACGAGAUUGCCAAGGUCAUUGGCGUUGAGAAGCAAGUCUCGGAAAUCACGGAGCGGGCCAUGAACGGCGAGCUCGAUUUCGCAGCCUCGCUCAAGGAACGCGUUGGUUUGCUCAAGGGGGUCCCCGCGGACGUCUACGAGAAGAUCAAAUCGGUCAUCACCAUUGCCCCGGGUGCACGUGAAUUGUGCAAGGCCUUGAAGACCCUUGGUUGCAAAUUGGCAGUUCUGAGUGGAGGAUUCCAGCCCUUGGCCGAAUGGCUGGCUGGUGAACUUGGUAUCGACUACGCACAUGCCAACCAUCUCGAGGUCGACCCGACCACUCAGACUCUUACGGGUAAACUUGUGCCUGACUACCCUAUCAUUGACGCUUCCCAGAAGCGGUCCCUCUUGAAGUCCAUCGCCGAAAAGAACGGCAUCCCCAUUGCCCAGACCGUUGCUGUGGGUGACGGCGCCAAUGACCUGCUCAUGCUCCAUGCCGCCGGGCUUGGUGUCGCAUGGCGCGCCAAGAGCAUGGUGCAGCUGGAGGCCCCUACUCGUCUGAAUGGGGAAAGCCUCACCGAUGUUCUGUACCUCCUUGGUCUCUCAAACGAGGACGUCAAGGAAUUGACUUCGGAGGCCCUGUGAGGAUUGAUCAAGAACCCGUAGUUGAAGGCAAUUCCAUCCUUGGCUCCCUUGGUCGAGAGGUCCAGAGUAUCACUUUCGCCCAACCUUUUUUCUUCUCGCCAGAUGCAGCAAUUUGCAGUGGUUCUUGUUGUGGUGCAGCGUUCCCCUAUCUUCCUUUCUUCCCUGCCCUUCCUGCUUCGGUUUCGAUCUUUGCUUCCUUAUUAUUCUUUUUGUGAUGUCGGCAUCUGUCAUUAGGCUGGCAAGUACAUUCGGAUGAGGUAUAUGAUGGACAUACCAUUCGCCGAUCUGAGCCUUCCAAGGGAGAGAUAGUAGAUGGUGAAGGCAGACAGACAAACAGACAGACAGCAUCUUUCAUGAGGCGUAGGAGUGGAGGAGAAACGAAUCCCCAUGGGUACAUAUGAUUUGGCUUUCUCAUUCAUGAACAUUGUUGAGAGUACAUGGCACGUUAUGAUGAAGUUGAUUCGAAUUUGAAUCUAUCGUGUUGAAACUGGG